GCCUUACAUUAUAUUCUAUUAUUUUUUGUACGUGUAAUUUUGUUACGUGCCUCGAAAGUCCAACUUUUGCGGCGGUCACGGUCGACGUGGUGAGGUCUGGGAGGAUGUAAAAGGGUGGGUGUGAGCGUACGAGAGUGAGUGAGUGGGCGAUUGAUUGAUAUUUCGGACACACGCAGAGGGUAGUUUUUUGCCAUUUUUACAUUUAACGUACACGCGUGACGUAGUAGCGACACGUUUUACUGCUGGACAAUUGUAUUGCAUAUUACAGCAUGCAUAAAAUCCCGCUGACAUAUUGUGUAGCAAUCGUCAUGUGGUCGGCGAGUGGUUUGAAUUCGUAUGACCCGACUUUUGUUGCGGCCGUAAAGACCAUGACGCGUAUAUGCACAAUAAUUAUUAUUAGCAAUGAUGCCAUCUGCAAUAUAAUAUAGUGAUAUAUCGUAACACGACGACUCUCGUCUGUGAUAACGUUAAAAUAUAAAAUACAUUAUUUCACGUUAAAAUGCCGGUUGCCGACAGCGAGUAUGACGGCGUGUAUGUGAUCGCCAAUAAUCACUAUCUACGUGACUAUCACAGGUCGGCGGAGCAGCAGCAGCAGACUGCCGUAGUUAUCGCCGGUAACUACGAGCCAACCGCUGCAACAGGACCGGAAGUGCAACAGGCAUUGCACCCCAUGGCGCCGCCGGCCUUGCAACAGCGGCAUCGUCAACAGCAGCCUGACGGUGACGGUGCAGAUUUCGUUGCCGUAUCGUCUCGGAAGUACAGGUACCUAUGUGAAGGAUGAUAACUGCAGCGCAUUUAAUUAUUAUAUAUUG